UGUUCCAGGAGCCUUAUUCCCGGCCGCGCGCUGCCAGCCAGCGCUCAGUCGGCCCUGGGAGCUGCACACCACAAGCUGCUGGUCGGCCUGACGGACGUGCAGGGGCUGGGCGGACGCACGGACCGACUCGGGACAGACAGACGUACCGCGGCCGCAGAGCUCCUCGGCAGGAUCGCACCCAGACACGGGCAGCAGACCUUGCCUGGUGGAGUCUCGCUGCCCUCCGCCGCCUGGCCCCGGUGCAGGCGUCCAGCGGCCGCUGCAUUCAAAGCGAUCACUGACUGCCUCGCCGUCUCCGCCAGGCUCGGGACCAUGAAGCUGCUGCCGUCGGUGGUGCUGAAGCUCUUUCUGGCCGCAGUGUUGUCCGCGUUGGUAACCGGUGAGAGUCUGGAGCGGCUUCGCAGAGGUCUGGCGGCAGCAACCAGAAACCCUGACUCUCCCACUGGAUCCACAAACCAGCUGCUACCCACCGGAGAUGGUCGUACUCAGGAAGUCCAGGAUUUGGAAGAGACAGAUCCUAACCUUUUCAGAGUCACUUUCUCCACCAAACCACAAGCGCUAGCCACGCCAAGCAAAGAAAAGAAUGGGAAAAAGAAGAAGAAAGGCAAGGGAUUAGGAAAGAAGAGAGACCCGUGUCUUAGGAAGUAUAAGGACUUCUGUAUCCAUGGGGAAUGUAAAUACCUGAAGGAUCUCCGGGCUCCAUCGUGCAACUGCCACCCAGGUUACCAUGGAGAGAGGUGUCAUGGGCUGACCCUCCCGGUGGAGAAUCCCUUAUAUACGUAUGACCACACUACAGUCUUGGCUGUGGUGGCUGUGGUAUUGUCUUCUGUCUGUCUACUUGUCAUAGUGGGCCUUCUCAUGUUUAGGUACCAUAGGCGAGGAGGUUAUGACGUGGAAAAUGAAGAGAAAGUGAAGUUGGGCAUGACUAAUUCCCACUGAGAAGGACCUGUGCUCAAGGAACCUUCAGAGGACGGCUACCUCUGAGACCGUGGUUCGUUACAAGUUCUACAGAGGGGAAAGACUUCGCAAGCAGCCCUGAAGACUUCUUCAUUCCCAGUUGCUACCCUAACUGGGUCUCCCGUUAUUGCUCUGCAAAAGUAUCAGAGCCUCUAAGUGCCAAACAGACAUGCCCGCUGUGAUCCAGAUCAGAACACAGUGGAAGCAGGAGCACCCUCCAGGCCUUUCUGAUUCCCUCCACCGAGCCCACCGGUUUGUUUAAACACUUAGCAUCUGGAUUAAAAUGCCAGCUAGAUCCAGAUGCUCCAGGACUUUUGACUGAAAAAAAAGGGGAGGGGGCGAGGAAGAAUGAUUUAUGGAUUGGAAGAAAGCCACAGAGUUGAGAAGCUGUGUGUUCAAGUAGCCACAAGGGAUCUGCUGUUUGGACCCUCCAGCAUGCUGGAUUUGAUGAGCUAACUGUGAAAUACCACAAGCCCAAGAACUCUGAAUUUUGGGACUUCUACCCAGAGGGGAAAAAAUAACAACUAUUUUUUUUUUUUUUUGUUAUUUGUUUGUAAAAUGCCUCUUA